AUGUCCGAGGUUUCCAGGGAGGACACAGCUACACUUAAUGAUGUAGCUGAAGGUCAAGGACAAUCAGAAAAGGCGUCUGCUGCUUCUACAGGGACUGGAACCGAUGACCUUGAACUUUCACAGAAGCAAGAAGAAUCACAAGCUCAGGAAUCAAGGCAGCAGACAGCAGCCCAAGGUCAAGGACAAACUUCUACAACUGCUGCUUCCAUAGGAACUGGAACAGAUGACCUUGAAGAAGCAGACCAAGGUCAGGGUCAAGAGGCGUGGAAUCUAGAUUCCUAUCUUCAAAGCCAGGGAGAGGACAAGAAUCCAUUUAGUGGGUUAAGUGAUGAGCAUCUGAAUCAGCUAGAAGAUGUUUUGUCCAGCGAUGCUGUGAAAUCCCUACUCCAGCAGGCAGAGUUUCAGAAUCUGGAGACUAGUCUGAUUACCAGUAUGGAUGGACCAAGCACUUCCCAAGAUUUCUCCAUUGAUGAAGCUACAGCUCAUCAGAUCAUCCAGGAUGGUGUGAGAGAACAUGAACUGGCUGUUAUUGCAGCAGCUUUCAAUGAUCAUGCUUAUGCCAUGCCCUUGGUUCGUCAACCACCACAGAACCUCCCCACCAGCGUCGAACCUCUUGAUACACCAUCACCUAGUUAUGAACCUAUUGAGUCUCCAUCAUCCAGUUUCAAACCACCAGCGACUCCUACAUCCAGUAAAGGAAAGAGAGAAGAGGAUAAGUCUCCUCAUGAGCCAAUCAGGCGUUCAACACGUAUUAGUGAUGCAGAGCAACGAGAAAUGGCAGAGAAGAUCCUGCAGGAGAACAGACAGAAGGCCAGGGAGGCUUUAUUGAACCAGGAGGAUAAAGAAGAGGAGAAAGAGGAACCUAAGAAAGGGAAACGAGGGCGGAAACCCAAAACUGAGACUGAUCCUGCUAACCCUUUGAACACUAAGUGGAACAAGAAAAACAGAAGAACUCGAUCUGCCAAGAAUGGAGAAGAAGAAGAGGCGGAGUCAGGAGAAGAGGGAGGAGGAGCUACAGAAGAAGACACGCCCAAACCACCAGCAGUGCGAGGCAAGAAAGCAACAGAAGGCACAGAGACUCCGCCUCCAAUGAAAAGAGUCAGUCGUGGCAAGUGGAAGAAUCCAUUAUUUAAAGACAGACCAGAAUCCCCUGCUUCUCCUGCUAAAACUCCAGCAUCCCCUGCUUCAGCCAAGGGCAAUAACUCUCCAGCUUUGACCAGAAGCACCUUGAAAAAAGACGAUUCUGAAUCGGACAAUAAGCCAACGCCCAAACGAGGACGUGGUCGAAAGAAGAAGCAAGAAGAGGAAGAUGAAGAAGAAGCAGAUAAAAAGACUGCAGCUGACGUCAAAACAGCUGCGACGAAAAAAGCUGCAGAAGAAAAAAAUGGCGAUGCAAGCGUUGAAAAUAUUCCUUAUUCUGAGUUUAUAACCCAACUGGACACAAAACCGAAAGGAAAGAAAGGGGCAGCUAAAAAGGGAGUAGUGACUGGUAAAAAGGGACUACAGAAGACAGGAACAGUCCAGACCAAGAAAGGGAAAGUGAAAGUAAAGGAUCAGAAAGAAGCAGGUAGUCAAUCCAGUGAAGAAGAUAUUCCUCUUGGACAGUUGCAACAGCGCACCAAACCAAAGAAAGUGAAACCCAAAUUAAAGGCUACGCUUACUGAACAGCCGACUGCUACAGAGGAGGCAGAUGAUGAGGAUCUCCCUUUGAAGACUUUAUCCAAACUAGCUAAAUCACCUUCUAAACUGAAAAAACUGAAAGCAGCCAUAUCAUCUAAACGAACCGUGAAAAUCCUCCAUAAAAAGCCCGGCAUGGCUGGCAAGUCCAAAUUCUUAAAGACCUUGAAGCCACCAAGUCAGAUGAAGAUGAUGCAGGAGAAGAAGAAGAAAUUAGCAGAGAAGAAGAGGCUUGCUAUGGAACAGAAAUUAGCAGAAGAGGAAGCUAAGAAGGAACCAGAAACACCAAAGACCCCAACCUCUGUGGACAAAAAUGCAGCGAAAAGAAAAGCAAGAAAGUCCGAAACGGAAGUCUUCAUCGAUCCCACAAUGACAGACCUCUUUAAACCAGAUGGCAUGAUCGUUCAUGAGCAUGAAAAAGAAGCGCCAGCUCCUGAAGUUAAAUUUGAUGCCAAGGAAAGUGAUGGCGGACUGAGUUUUGAAGAUGAUGAAAAUGAUGAAGAUUGGUUGGAUCCUAAUACUGUUUACUGUCUUUGUCGUAAGCCUCACAGUAACAGGUUUAUGAUUGAGUGUGAUUGCUGUGAGAAGUGGUUCCAUGGCAGUUGUGUAGGUGUAACAGAAACUAUGGGUAAAGAGUUCGAAGCUCUGGAUAUGAACUUUGUGUGUCCAGUUUGUACAGAAGCUGGUAAACAACCUAAACCCAAACCCAUACCGGUGAAGACCUUCCACUCUCCAGUAAAAGUGUUCAGUUCUGACUCUAAAGUUAGCAGUACAACUGUAUCAGGAGAUACCCCCAAAUCUAAACAUAGGCAUCAUUCAAAAUCAGAUGCUGAAACUUCAUCCAGUAAAAGUUCAGAAAAAUCUUCAUCUUCAAAGCAUCACCACAGACAUCACCACCACAAAGACAGCAAACAUCGUGAUAAGAGUCGUGAUCACAGUCGUGAUAAGGAUCGCAAGGAUCACAAAGACCGGCACAGGAGUCACAGCAAGGACCACAAGAGAAGUAAACAUCACAAGCAGGAGGAUAAGAAACCGUCAGAGAAGAAGGAUGAAGGACCUGAUCCUGUUCGUCUCAACGUGAGGAAGCAUCUUCGUGAUGCUCUGUCCAACAGGGCAGAGCAUGCUGAUGAUGUCCUACUGUCCAGUAGUGAAAUAAAAGCUAUCUCACUGUCUAUUGAAGAAGAAAUGUUCAACUAUUUCAAAGACGUAGGUCACAAAUACAGAAACAAGUACCGCAGUUUGAUCUUCAACAUUAAAGACACCAAAAAUAACGGCUUGUUUCGAAAAAUAUUAAAUGGUAAAAUCAGAGCAUCUAAACUAGUCCAGAUGUCUUCAACAGAAUUGGCCUCUAAAGAAUUGGCAGAAUGGAGAAAAAUGGAAACUAAACACACUUUGAAGCUAAUAGAAGAAACAGAAAAGAAAGCAGCUAAAGAAAGUUUUCAUAUUCGUAAAAAAACUCAUAAAGGUGAAAUAGAACUGGAUGAAGACAUGAGUAACCUCAGGGAUGAAGCUGAGAAGCCGACCCCAAAUAAACCAAAGAUUGAACCGAAAGCUGAUUUACUCUCAGAGCUGAUUGUGGACACCACAGACAAACACAGAAUGCAUCUCUUUGAUCUCAAUUGUAAAAUAUGUACUGGGAAACAAGCUCCCCCUUCUGAAGAAUCUACGCCUAAAAAGGUGACAAUAGCCCACUCUGUGGAUAAAGAAAAAGUGGAGGAAGCCACUAAAGAGACUACAGUGGACAUCAAGAAAGCUGAACAAGUGGUGAAAGAAGCUCUUGCCAAUGUUAAGAAAACGAAAGUAGAGCUGCCAGAUUCUCCUGUCACAGUUCGGUCUCCAGAUUCAGCAUUGCAAUCCGGUUUGGAGGAAUCCAGAGCCAAGUUCAAACCAUCAGGUCCAGUCAUGUGGAAAGGAUUCAUUCACAUGCAGGAGUUUAAUAAGUUCUUUACAUCAGCUUACAGAGUGUCUGGACCUACUGAUGGAAUGAGUUUUGCUGAUACUAUUCAAAUCUGUGGUCGAAUCAUUCCAGAGCAAAUUUGGGAUUAUUUGUCAAAGAUUAAGCAAGCUGGCACCAGGGAUGUAUGUGUGAUAAGAUUUAUACCAGCAGGUGAUGAUGAAAAGACCUCCUAUAUUAACCUGUACUCCUAUCUCAACUCUCGAGCACGCUGCGGGGUGGUUGGCAAUUCUCCCAAGCAGGUCAAGGAUUUCUACAUCAUCCCAUUGGCUUCCCACAGCAGGAUUCCCCAGACUCUUCUACCCUUUGAUGGACCAGGUUUGGAAGAGAAUAGACCACAUAUGUUAAUAGGAGUCCUGGUUCGACAGAAAUCCAAACCACCCAAAUCUCCUUUAGUCAAAGAGGCCAGUAAAUCUAAACAUUCAUCCAGUUCGUAUUCUUCUGCUAGCUCAUCUAAGAAACCAAGACUAUCAGUGGAUAGCCCAUCAUACAGUCACAAAGAGAAAAAGACCUCAAUGUAUGUACCCAAGGUGGUCACCCCUAGUUCCAAUUCGAGCUCUGAACCAGGAACUCCUGCCGGUUACAAAGAAAUUCAAGAUCCCAUCAUCAAAGCGUAUGCUAUGGAAGAAGUGGUACCCAUUGAAACAGAAGAGUCCUCGGCUAAUGACACUGAAGCUUAUUCCCCUGGAAGAGUGGAAGAGGAGGAGGUUCCAUAUGAUCCAGAAUUUGAGGAAAACAACACAUCCAGUGGACCAUCAUCAGCUAUGGCCAGAGCAAUGGAGCUGACAUUGGCCACCAUUGGAGAACCAUCAGUCAGCUCUAAACCACCAUCAGAUGUCACCAAGUCCAAUGUCACCAUCAGUUUAAAGUCUUCAGUAUCUCAAUCUAAGCCAACCUCUUCUCAACCUUCCACCAGCAAGAAGGAGGUCAAAUCCUGUCUCAAGAAUCCGAUUUCAUCCAGCGGCUCUGAAGACCUGAUUCUUUUACCACAAGAUACACCAUCAUCUGCAGCAAUACCAUCAACAUCUGGAGCAUCCACAUCCCAUCAUCAUCAGCAUCAGCAUCAGCAUCAUUCCAAACCAGGCAUCAACAUAGAGAAACUUGUCCAGCAGAUUGCAAACAGCACCAACCGAUCAGAGAUAACGGCAUUAAUGGUGACAGCCCUGGCUGCAUCCAAAGAUGCAACAGAUCAGCAAAAAGUUUUGGCUGAUUUAACUCGUAAAGUCGAGGAACAGAAAAAGUUGUUGGCCAAGAAAAAGGCUGAAAUUGAAAGUGUACGAGCAUCAACUAUAGCUUUAACUGCUACAGCUUCAUCAUUGUCCACAGCAUCACAACCCGCAGUCACCCAUGUAACUGAAUCACCAGAAAAGCAGAGGACCUCCUCAGUCCAAAAGACUCCACCAAAAGUCGACUAUGUGGUUGCUGUGAAGCACUCCAAACAUGAUGCAAAGGAAAAUUCAACCAAAAAGGUUGAUUCGAAACCAGAGGAAAAAGACUCAAAAGAUGCUGUUACUUCAGCUGCACCCAUUCUCCCCGUGACUCCAAUAACAACCAAGGAGCUUGAUUCUAUCCAAAUCAGCAAAGCGUUGGAUGCUCUGAAAACCACCAAGAUGCUGGACAAUCUGGUAUCAGUGUUCAAAUCCACACAAUCCAAAACACCUGUGGCCACAUCUGCAACACCGUUACCCAUUGAAGCGGAAGUUGAAGCCAAAGCUGAGAGUAUAUCUGUGUCUGCCAUGAAGCCACAUGAGAUGCCCUUGGCUCUUCAAGCUCUCAUGAAAGAUGUCAUGGGCCAUGGGUCAGAGUCUGGAAUUAAAUCCAAGAAGAUCCAAAAGGAGAAGGAGAAGAAGACAGAAGAACCCAAAUCUGAUUUGGAAGAAGACAAAGACUCCUUGGCUAUUUUCAAAGGAGUCAACAGACGGGAGAAGAAUGUCAUCCCUGGUUUAGAUGAUCUUCCCAUAGCUUCUGUACUAAUUGAUGUAAAGGUGAGGGAAUCGGUAGCUGCCAGUGACGGGGAAUCCUCCGCAAGUGACACCCAAACCUCUACGGACGAGGCGAAAUUGGACAAAGACUACCGAAGUGAGAAGAAAUCAGAUAUCAUUGACAUAAGUUUGGACAAAGACGAUCGACAAGCACACUCUUUGGAUAAGGAUGACAGGAAGACUCACUCGCUUGAUAAAGAUGACAGAAUUGUCCGUGGUAUGCUUCCCAGAUUUAUUCCCACUCAGUCUAAAAAGGAUUGGGCAGCUCCAGCUACGACAUCCGAGCAAGUUGCAACCUGGCCAACAACUACCGAUGUGGAUCACAGAAAGUUUCCACAAGCUGUUACCGUUAAUGUGAGCACGCCUCAACCUCCAACAAACGCUCCUCCAGUUGCAAAAGAAGGGAAAUUCCGACCAGUUGGUGUUCCUAAAACUGAGGAGAUGAACGAAGACGUUGACCAUAGGAAGCUGGACGGACCAAUGAGACCAAUCGGGGGAUCGUCAGACCCAUUUGGGUUCGGAACUCAGGACGUGGAUAUGAGACGGCCACCAACUGGUCAGGCGCCUCUGCUUCCACCUCCCCUGCCGCCAGUCUCAAAUGCUGGCCCCAGACCCUUGCUAAGCACUCCAGUAUUUCAAGGUAACCAACCCCCUUUCAGGCCUCCGUUUCCAGCAGGUGACCAGAGAUUCCGAGCUCCAGGACCAGAGAGCACCAUGAAGCGUGGACCACCUUUUCAACCGACGUUAUCAGACGGAGAACCCAGCGACAAGAGACCAAGAUUCCCGGGAACUGGUCCUGGAUUCAGACAACCAUUGAUGAGGCCGCCAGCACCACCAGGAACUGAACCUAUAACGCUCAUGCCACCUGGCAUGCCACCUCUCCCUAGUGAACCGCUUCUUCCUCCUCCCUUGCCCCCGCUUCCCUCGGAGACUGUUCAGGAUAAAGAUUUACGAGGGGCAGGUGGUGAUACGUCGCGAUUCGGGAACGGGAAUAGACAAUCUAGUCCACAACUGGAGGAUCGUGAUCGAUUCGGGCAUCAUCAUCGUCGUCAACACGAUCGAUAUCACAAUCGCGAUAAAGACUAUCGAUCACGAAAUAGAAAUCGGAGACGGUGAUGAUUCGAAGUGUUUUUAAAUAUCUGUCGGCUUGCCCAUUCGUUGAAUCUGAAAAGACUUCGGGAAAAUCAUUCAAUAACUAAGUAAGCAGAUCUUGCGUUAUCUGAUGAUUGAAUUUUCCCAAGGAACUUUUCAGAUUCAUCCAAUGACAAAGAGUCGCCAAUCGUGUUAUAUGUAGUGCUUAGUGUAUAGUUAUCAUCACCCCUCACGAUCAUCCACGAUCUCCUCAUUAUUAUUUUCAUUAACCAUAGAAAUCAACGCAUUUAUCAGGAGAUGGUCCUCUCUAUUUUAUGGACCUCUUAUUUUCUCUCGGGUUCCGAAGAUCGGAUACAAGCUGUUCGCCAAUCUGAUGGGCAUUAGCUACUGUAGUUUAGACACCACAGAUUAGUUAGGAUGACAUCGUCAUCAUAACACUCGGUGCAACUUUCUUCUUAGUCUGUAGGUGCCACUGUUCUCGUGAAAUUUCCCCCAUUGCACAUAGUGGAGGGAUAAGAGAAUGAAUGAAGGUACGUAAAAUACUAGGCAUUGCCAAUUUUUUCCCAUGCAUAUGCAUUUUGGAACGGGUCGUAGAUGUUCAUCUAGGUCUUGAAAGUAUCGGCUUCAUCGUCAUCAUUAAAUAGGACCCAGUUGUUCCUAGAGUAGAUGGGCUGGCAAUGAAUCAAGUAAAAGCUGCAAACACCGGUAUACCAUAUGGGCAUUUUGUAACCGGCAUAGAUGCUUCAGUCAUUAAGGCACCAUCACCAUCUUCACCGUCGUCAUCAAGAGGAUCCAAUUGUUCCCUGAAGUAUUUUUUUCUGGUACGGAAUCGUGUAGAUGUUGCAUUUCACCAAGUAAUCGCAUUUUUUACUGUAUAUGUUUUGGUUUUUUAUAUUAUUGUUAUGUAUAUUAUCGUAUUCACUAGAAAAUUCACCAAUUUGUCUGCCCGCAAUCCAGGGAAAAUGGUCUCCUUUCCGCUACGACUUUGAUUGGGUUUAAGCAGUAUUUGGACAGACUCUCAGAUCUGUCUCAUCCAAUAUUGAUAUUAUAGCUCCUUAGGGUCAAUAAGUCAGAGUUUCGCCGGUCUAUCUGCACCUGAAUCUUCUGAGCUAGGUAACUCCCCUGACCGGUAAUUGGGUUUAAUCAGUAUUGAGACUCUUGGGUCCGCCUCAUCCGAUAUUGAUAUUAUAUUAAAACUGCAUAGGGUCAGUAAGUUCGAUGCAAUCGUAAUUUUAUUCCACUGCUAAAGACCAUUGUAAGACCCACUAUUUUGUUAGAUGAAACUUAAAAUUUUAUCUUUUUGGCCAAGAGUUUUCAGUAUUUUUCUUUCGGGGUCCUUGAUCAAUUGCAUUCUCCCCCAACAAAUUUCAAAAUUGCCCCAGACUUAAAAUAAGACAAUCUCUUGUAUGUACUUCGGAUAGUAUUCUGUAAUUGUUGAAUUGUGUACAGUUGUAUAUUUAAUUAUGGAUAAAAUUUAUUCUAAAUCUU